CCACGCCAUGGGGCGCAGGAGGGCGGUGCGCGGCCCAGGGGCCGAAGGUGGCCGCGCACGGCGGCCUGCGGGCCGCUCCCUGGAGGCCUUCGCCGAAGAGGUCGGCGCCGCGUUGCGCGCGUCCGUGGAGGCGGAGGAGGCUGGGGAUGAAGGCGACCCGAGCGCGGCGGAGCUGCCCUGCCCGCUGGCCAUGUGGGAGCUAGGCCACUGCGACCCCCGGCGCUGUACCGGUCGCAAGCUGGCCCGCCUGGGCCUGGUGCGCCGCCUGCGCCUGGGCCACCGCUUCGGCGGCCUCGUGCUCAGCCCCAUGGGCUCCCAGUACGUGUCCCCCGCAGACAGACAGCUGGUGGCCCAGUCAGGGGUGGCCGUCAUCGACUGCUCCUGGGCCAGACUGGACGAGACACCGUUUGGCAAGAUGCGGGGGAGUCACCUGCGGCUGCUGCCCUACUUGGUGGCCGCCAACCCUGUGAACUACGGCCGGCCCUGCAAGCUGUCCUGCGUGGAGGCCUUUGCAGCCACCUUCUGCAUCUUGGGCUUUUCCGAUCUUGCUGUCAUUUUGCUUCGGAAGUUUAAGUGGGGGAAGGGCUUCCUGGACCUGAACCGCCAGCUCCUGGACAGGUACGCGGCCUGCAGCGGCCCGGACGACGUGCUGCAGGUUGAGGAAGAGUUCCUGACCAGCGCCAAGAACGGCUGUGAGGACGAGCAGAUCGACCCCUUUGACGUGGAUUCAGGACGGGAGUUUGCAAACCCCAACAGGCCGGUGGGCAGCGUCCAGCUGGCCCAGGACAGCGGUGACAGUGACGAGGACGAGGAGCAGGGGCCGGGAGCUGAGGACGGAGCGGGCAGUGGCAGCAGCUGCACCGAGGGGGAGGGGGAGGGGGGGGAGGAGCAGUCGGGGAAGGGCGCGGAGGCCAGCACCCCAGGCGUUUGGAAAGGAAUCAGGAGGCGGCAGAGAGACUGA